AUGGCGCCAGCCACGCGCCUUUUCCGCUCGCCGCCCGUCUCUGGAGUCUGCCGUUACUGGCUCCUUACCGCUCCGAGACCGAGAGUCUUUGUUCAGGCCGGCAUUCCCGCUGCCGAAGAGGCAUGUGGCCGCCGCCUGCCUCAGCACCUCUUUACGAAUACAAGUCGUCUAAAAUGUAUGAUGCUAGGUUCUCUGACUCAGGUGAAUUGGACGGAUGGUGGUCCGUCCGAAGUCGUGGGCAGCUUCGAGACUCCGCCGACGCACAGAAUAGUUCGUCUCGAUCGAGCAGCAGAUGAUGCAUCGAAGCCUGGGUCCGAGCUCGAAGUUGUUCAGGAUCCUGAAGUGAUUCGACGGCCAUCCUGGGGUAGUCGACGACGCGCCGUCGUUGGCCGCCACCAAUCGUAG